UUUUCUGAUUUUCGUUGAAGAACGUAAUGUUGAAAAUUCAACAAGAAUUGAGUACAUUGUACUCGUUUGCAACUCAUUGUGUGAGGUCUCGAAUCCUUUGCUCAUUUUGAUUUCAAAUAAAGCUUUCUUUCCCUUAAUUCUUAGAUUUUGAGAUGGGUUGGCUGAGGAAGAAGAAGAAGCCAAAAUCCGAUAUAGCGUCCGAGAGAGGGGCCAAGUUGUUAGAAGAGCUCAUCGAAUGUUGCGAUGGCAAAUCCAAUCCCAUCAAAUUCUUCUCUGCUGAUGAGAUCCUCAAAGCCACCAACGAUUUCAGCGACUCUAAUUUUGUUUUACGAUUAGAAGUUCCCUUCAAAUGGUAUUCUGGUAAGAACGAGAAUCAUCCCAUGAUACUAAUCAAGAAAGAUGUUGGCUGGUGGAGUGGCUUGAGAGUAGAUCGUUUGUGCCGCGACAUAGCAGUUUCAUCGAUGGUGAGUGGUCACAAAAACUUCAUGAAGUUGGUUGGAUGUUGUCUUGAGUUAGAUUAUCCAGUCAUGGUGUAUCAUAGUGUUAAGAAACAUUACAAAUUAGAAAUAAGUGAACAGCCAUGGAAAAAGAGAAUGAAGAUAGCAGAAGAUAUCGCUACUGCUUUAGCUUACCUUCACACCGCCUUCCCUAGGCCCUUUGUAUAUAGGAUUUUGUCUCAUUGGAAUAUCUUAUUGGAUGAAGAUGGUGUCGCCAAGCUGACUGAUUUCUCUCACUGCGUCUCAAUCCCAGAAGGAGAAACAUUUGUCCGGGUUGACAGAGACGUGGGAUUAUAUAGUUACUUUGCUGAUAAUUACGUUAGGAGUGGCCUAGUCUCAGAUAAAACAGAUGUCUUUGCCUUUGGAAUCUUUAUGGGUCAUAGGCUUCUAUUAGGAUACGAAUACUAUUUCGAGCAUUAUCGAGGAGAAGAAGAAGAAAGUGAAGAUGGAUUUGACAGUCUGAUGAAAAGACAUGCUCGGAAUUUGCUCUCAACAUUAAAGGAAGACAGACCAAUGGAAGAGAUUGCAGAUUCAAAGAUGAUAGAAAAGAUGGGUCAAAUUUCAGAACAAGAGCGUUGUCAAAUGAAAGCUUUCUUGAAGCUAUCACUGAGAUGCACCGGCCCUAGUGAAGAAGUUCCAACGAUGGUGGAAGUGGCCAAAGAACUAAACAAGAUUCAAAGAUCUCUUUUUAACGACUCUUCUUCUCUUUCUUCAGGUCAAACCCAACUCGACUCUGCCCAAGACAUUUCUUCCACAGUGGUCCUCUCAAAUUAGACACUGCUACCAAGUAUUGCCUGCCAGGUAUUUCAUGAAAUGUUUCAAUGGGUUAUGUUGAGCUGGUUUCGUUUUUUCAGGAAAAAAAUCGAACAAUGUGCUGAAAAUAACUUCGAUUCUUGUUUGUAUUAAAACAUUAUCAAGUUUCAUUUUUGUUGUUGUAUUUAUAAAUAGUGCUACGUUACUUUUGAUUCAUUAUAUUGUCCCUUAGAGUCUGUGUAUGUGUGUUUGGAUUUUGAUGGAUGCGUCUGUGUUUGUUAAUUCAAGAGAUAUCUACUCGUGUAUUAUAAGGGAAAGUCUCCCAAGUCAAUAACAAUUCUAAAGUUUACAUUGUGAGUUGGGAAACAUGGUUCAUUGACGUA